CGGGACACAGGGAGCUCCCCUGCAGAAGGCAGUAGACACUGUCAAAGGAGUCCGGUCGAAAGGUGUGAUGAGUGGUUCAAUUGUUCGUUUAUUACUCCACCCCUCACCUUGACACAAGUACUAUGCGACUUGUAGACAGUGAGGUACAAACAGAAGACGUGGAGCUGUUACUGGACGCUGGUGAAAGGUGUGAGGGCGAGAUCCCCAGCAGGCGAGCGUGGGGCCACGGCAGCUUUGAUUCUCUUGUCCACUAUUAUCCUCCUCCUAAAGAAGCCUCGAUGAGAAAAGGAAUGAAAAAAUGUAUAUAUAUGCUUGCGUUUUUGACAUUCCUGGGCGGCGCAGGUAUCGUGUUCGUUGGGUACUACUGUCCUGAGUCUGUCUGUUCGGUGAGGUCACUCUCGCCUGUGAAAAAAUAUAAAUAUAGUUACGUUAGGGAUGGCAUUAACCAGUUCCAUCUCCAGACUGAUGUUGUUGGUAAACCACUCAGUGGGGCCCUGAGGACAGCAACUGGGCCCUCGUUUGAGGAUGUUAUCAGUCGAGAUUUUCAGUUUGACAUUGAAGAUCACGAUGUCAUCGUCUUUUUGCACAUCCAGAAAACUGGCGGAACAACUUUUGGCAAACAUCUCGUUGGGGAUCUUGAUUUAGCCAGACGUUGUGUGUGCCACAGAAAAGUUAAAAAGAGGUGCACCUGCCUCCGUCCGGGUCCUAAUUCUGACGAGAUGUGGCUGUUUUCACGCCACUCCACUGGCUGGAAGUGUGGCCUUCAUGCAGACUGGACAGAACUAACCAGCUGCGUCGAUGAUAUGAUGGAUAAAAUUGAAGACCAUGAGAUAAAACGAAGAUAUUUUUAUAUAACAUUCCUAAGGAACCCUGUUCACCGAUUUGUGAGCGAGUUCCGUCAUGUACGCCGAGGGGCCACUUGGAAAAAUGCAAGACAUUUGUGUCAAGGGAGACAAGCUACCAAGGAUGAAGUACCAUUCUGCUAUGAAGGUGACACAUGGGAGAAUGUUACCUUAGAUGAAUUCAUGGCGUGUGAAAGCAAUCUAGCUAUCAAUAGACAGACCCGUAUGUUGGCAGAUUUGUCAUUGGUUGGAUGCUACAACAAGUCAAUGAUGAAGCCAGAGGAGAGGAAUAAGGCAAUGCUUCUGUCAGCUAAGAAUAACUUGAAGAUGAUGGCAUUUUUUGGUUUGACAGAGUAUCAAGAAAAAAGCCAAUACUUGUUUGAAGAGACAUUCAAUCUUAAGUUCAGAGUUCGCUUUGAACAGCACAAUCAGACCAUAUCUGAUUUGGCUUUACAUAAUAUUGACUCGGAAACACUCGGACGUAUAGAGGAGUUAAACAGCUUAGAUGUUCAGCUGUACGACUACGCUAAAGAGCUCCUUCAACAGCGAUUCAAGAAGUUAUCAUCGCAAGAUGUUCACUUUAAGGAGCACUUCUCAAAUAUGGGUCGAAAUAAAUUUUCAUGGUCAGAUAUCGAGCAAGCUCCGUGAAAAGCUUACGAAUUUUGUGAUUACAUAGGAAUUUUGUAUUUUUAUUCGUGUUUAAGUUGAUAUCAAGAUAUGUGUUUGUAUUAAUAUUUUCUUAUUGGCUUAUAGUAUUUGUAGCAUACACAGUAAGUUAUUUAUUACCAGCUAAAGUGUAAAACUUCAGAAAAUUUCAUGUUAUACAAUGAAAAUGUCAUUUCAUCUUGCAUUUAAUUUAUUGUUCAUAGAUAAACUGUACUUAGGCUCUUUCGUGCAUAAACACUUGAAGAUAUUUGUGCACAAAUGAAGAUAGAUAUCCGUUCACACACAUCCCACCAGCAUAGCUAUUUAGGUAUUCAUGUGUGUAUGCAUGUGUAUGUGUAUACACAUACACAUGGGUGGCUUGCAUGUGUGUGCACAUUCAUGGUAUGCACAGACAUCUAUACAAAUGCAUAUGUACAUACACAUGAUUCUAAAAUUCACAAUGCACACGUGUAUAUACUGACAGAUAUGUACUGUACAUAUGCGUAAAUAUACCCAUACAAAAUUUUUAUAAAUAUAUAUUGAUGAGAAGCACCAUUGUAAGGCAAUUGUAAUAAGUGACAAAGAUGUUCGCAAUGUUCAUAUAAAAACAAAAGCCGCUAAACUUGGAGUUACCAGAAUGCAUAUGUAAGGCAAACAAUGAUAAAUUCUAGAUAAUAGUGGCAAUGAUAGAAAAUAUUCCAAGUGACAUUUACUUCCCUUAUGUCACUUCCCUUAUGUUCCCUUCCCUUCCCUUUGGCCUGUUGGGCACUCCAAGCAACUGCUUGUUGGACCAAGUUAUCACAAGAUGAGCCUGGCCUCGGGGAGUAGAAGAACUACUAGAACCCUCUCCAGAUAUGCUCCAGGUAUGUGAUAAGCAAUGCAGUUUGGAGAAUUCUUCACAAAAAUAUUUUGCGUACAGUACUGCUGAAGAGUAUAAUGCGCAAACAUGUAGAGAUAAUAAAUAGGCGGCAUUUUAAGAGGCUAAUUAUGGAACAUGUGGUGCACCUGCUCCCUUUGACAUAAUCACAGGAAACAAGGUAUCAGGCAUAAGAUACUACAAAUGGGCAAUACCUCUGUACAUAGAGAGAAGCUCUUUGACUCAUAAUUGUGCUUAUUUUGCAUGUCCGGGAAACCGUAGGUUUAACUACUUAUAUGGCUUAGAGCCUAUUUCAUGUAUUUUAAUGUUUUGGUACUUAUUGUAAAUUUCUUACUUGUAUUAAUUUAUAGAUUUUUGUUAAUUUUAUCAGAAGUUUUGUUGUAUUUUAAAGAAAGGAAACAGAAAGGUCACAUUGGCUAAAUUUGGGAGGAGACACCUAGCUGUACUCUUAUAUUGUUCCCCUUCAUUUUGUCUUUUGUUUCUUGAUGACUGUGUUAUCUUCGUUGCCUAUAUCCAAAUGUCUUCAGUUCAGGUCUCGGUGAUAAAGCUAUAUUGUUUCAUAUUUAGCUCAGACAGCUUCCAGGGUAAACUGGAGAGAGUCAGUGUAAACUGACAGUGUCUGCCACCAGCUUGUUGUAACAACCUAACUUGUUUAUGGAUAUGCAGCAAAAUAAAGACAGAAAAGAUAUCUUUAUCUCCUUGGUCCGUGAAUGUGAUUCCAGACACAAAUGGAUUUCCUUACAAGUACUUGUGGUUCCUGCACUGUGAAUGACCACACUCACCAUUGCUGGGGACCUGGUCCAUAAAUUUAAACCUAACCAGAAGCAGAACAUUACAAUAACCACCCAAAAAAUUUGUAAAAAUUCUAAACACUUGAUUAUUUAAUGUCUGAACAAUUUCAUUGUUACUUAUUUUUAGACUUGCCUGCUACAGUAUUUCCUAAUUUUAGAUUUUAGAUAUGUUUCAAGUCUGCAUUUCAAAAUUGUUGAAGGACUGGGUGAAGUAUUAAAACAUUUAAGUAAGAAUUGUUUUGUGUGUGCAUGUGAGAGAGGUGUGUAGGGGUGCAUUGUAUUAGCUCAGACUUUUGGAAGAUGGAAAGGGUUGAGUAAGUUGAAAGGUCAAGACAAUACAGUAUCACAAAGGAAAUUCUCUAUGAUCUUUGUUUUGAAGUUAGUGUAUAUUGUGUUAUAACCAUUUUGAUUUCCUGCUGUAUUUGUGAUUACAAGAGUAAAGGUUUGCUCAUGGUGUUCCAUAUUUUGGAUUUCAAAAUAUUUUAGUUUCCAAAUGCUUACUCUAUAUUGCUUUCUCUUGAAGUUCUUAUUCAAUUGCCUGCCACAUCUUUUUGUAAAUACAAAAUGUUUUUGUUUUGUGCAUUGAUUUUCAGUUAGGUACUUUUGUUCUACCCAUUACAGUAGUUCCAUAAGUCUUCCCUAUCCGGGUUUUUUGUAUCUUUUGAUGAUCUUAUAGGUAGUAGGGUUUCACCUGUGUGAUCUCACAACUUAGCAGGAUGUGUUUGUGGGGUUGAUCAUCAGCUCUUGGCUGUCCCUUUAAUUUUUGGGUUGAUUACCAUAAUUGGCAUUUAUCAUACUGGACACACAACCCACAAAUCCCAAAAUGAAGAAUUGACACUUCUUCAUUUUCAAUUGUGUGGGUUGGAUGCCUAAUCUUCAGCCACGUUAUUGUGAGUCGUCAUCUGCGUAUUUAUCUUGCUUUUGAAUUGAUGUAGAGUAUCAAUUCAAUAGUAAGCUCAUACCACAUCCUCACUUCUCUAAUGUGAAAAGAGGUUCUCAAUACCCCUCUUAACUCAUACCAACCCUAUCUACACCCCCCCCCCCCCCCAAAUAUCUUGCUUUUUUUUUUUUUUUUUUUUUUUAAGCGUGUGUCUGCUUGUACUGCACUUGUCGCAAGUAAACAGGUGUCUUCAUCAUUGUUUUUUGUGCAAGGCAGCAACAAGCCUGCAAUUCUUGAGCCCUGCCUGCUAGUUAUUAAUUAACUGGUGUAAUGAAUCCAAACUGCAUUGUCAUACAACAUAUGCAAUUAAACGCAUGUAUAAAGCGAGCUUCUGAUACUCGCCCUCUCGGUACAUUCUAAUCACUAGCUUCACAUUGAAGACAUUUCUUCUUUUAGUGUUCAGUUUCCAUUUCUAAAUGUAUACGAAUACUGGUUGGUAAAUCUGAGUGCCAAAUGAUACAAUCGCCACAAACAUUCUUUUAGAUUUUGUGGGUGCUGAUGCAUAUUGUACAUGCUUAAGUUAAAUAAGGAUUAGUUUUAUUCUUUAGAUUAGACAUUUUCUAUUUCUAGUAGUUAAUAACCUGAAGACUUGCAGUCCUGCAUGAAGGAUUGUUGUGUAUCAUACAACCAUAUCAUGAUAUCAUAUCAUGUUUCAUAUCUAUUUGCUUUUGUGCUGCGUUCUUGCCAAAUGCACCAGUUGCACCAUGUUAGGUGUAAUGAUAGUUUAUAAACAUACAUUAUCCUGUAUCCAAAUAACACAACAUCCGAUUGGACUGUGUUUAUAAAUGUAGUGCACCGGUCACCUUGAAAAUGAUAGUACUGUACUUUGUAUAAAAUUUGGCUAAAGCAGUACUAUGUUAAUCAUUCAUUACAGUAUAUCAUUCUGUGUCCCAUUCUCCUGGUUCUAUCUAGGUUUUUUUAUGCUUUGUUUUUAUCCCGGUGCUUUGCUUUAUAUAUUGGUAUACCAUUGUUAGAGUUUGGUAGCCUCUAAUGCUAACUAAAAAUUUCCCUAACCUAAGGCAAGGUUGUAUGGGAUAUUGAUCAUUCAGUUACCAGUCAAACCCAAUGAUGUAUAACCUGACUGGCCAGCAGACACACAUCAUCGCUACACCCUAUAGAAGCUCUUCCAAAUAAUUUAGUGUCCUGUUUUUGUAUAGAUGCCAGAAAUAUGUUGAGGUGAAACAAAGUAGCACCACUGAACAGGACAUCUCUAGGCCCUGGAAGGAUAAACAAGACAUCACAGGUCGGUUUACAUAUCGGUAAUCCCUUUUCGUGCUGCCACCUUUAUGAUACAGAUUGAAGAGUGAGUACUCGUUAUUACCAGUAAGGCGCGCACACGUGCGUGUGUGCGUGCACACAACUGCAAUUUGCCCACUCGCAUUGUAUCGACCUUACCUGCAUAGAGGGUCAUGAUUAAAUUUUGUGAAACCUUAGCAUAAACAGUUGAAGGCUGUCCUGAAAUAUCUUUUCCUUUAAUAUCUCAUGCACUACUGUUUUGUCUAUAGUUGGGUCGAAGUCAGCUGAUGGCAUUGGCUUCUCUAUUGUUUUUCCUGGUAAAACCUUUUAUGUGCUGACGUUUGCCCAAAGACGAGAAUUUUUACUGCAAAUCUUUGUGUUAUUUUGUUUGCUCUGAGACUUUGUGCCAACAAUAGUUUAUUAUAGUUCAAACUGUGCUCUCAUAGCUCCGGAAUCUCGACUAUUCUCAUCCCAUAGGUUAUGAAAAUGAAAAUUGGUUGAAUCUUGUCUUUAACAGAUUUAAGGCAGCUGAGUUUAUGCUUGGUGUUACCUGUAAUGGACUUUGCAGGUUUCUACUGUCAUAUUGCAAUCCUCGAUUGUCUUAUGAACAACAAAUUACAUACUAUCAAAUGUGACCUAUCUUUGUGACCUUCCUCCUGUCACCAUAACAGGAAGUGGGAAAUAUCUCUGGAUUGGAUACAUAUUUGCUAUAUACUAUUAAUGGACAGAGAUUUGCACCUAACUGUCAGAACUAUGUUGUCCCACUAAUAUGAACACCUUGUAACAUGUCCUAAUUUUUAUGAUCUUGAAUUAUGCUUUCUUACUAUUCUUUCGAGUCCCAUGACCCUUAAUAAAAUACUCAGUGACUCGGAGUCCUUUGACAUCAUUCAUCUCGUGUAACUUUACUCAUGUGUAGCAUUCUAAAUGAUAGUUAGGAACUUUUGAACAUUCUGCAACAGACAGCUUUAUAGCCUCUCGAGACUUUCACUUUUUAUUGUUUACAUUACUCUAUAGGUAUCCUAGUCAUGGAAGCAGCUCUACAUUAUGCUCACUGUGUAAUUUUUCACAUGUUGCUAAUUACAAGUUUGUAUUACCUGCUAGAAAAACUAAAUGCUUGUAAGGCAGAACUUUUCACCCUGCAACUGCAGCACUUACCUUUUCCAUUUUAUGAAUUGCUUAUCAUUGUAUAGUAAGUACAGUACUAGUAGUAUUUGACUCAUUCACAUCCUGUUAAUAAACUGUCAUAUUAAAAUACAGUAUAGGACCUGAAUACCAUACAGUAAUAAAAUAUUACAUAUUGCAUUUGAUAAUUCCAUGGAAAUUGGAUAACCACCAAGCACUGGUUUUGACCGCCCUUAAAUCACUGCACUGUGCCAAACGACAAAUGCCAUUUUGAGAGUUGUCCGUUUUAUUUUUUAAUUGGGCUAUAUUUUAAUGUUUUUUAAUGUUUUCAUCAUUGUGUGUUUUAAAAUUAAAAUAGUUGAGUUUGGAAACAUUUUGACAUUAACUUUACCUGAACAUUUAUAAAAACAACAAAAAUAUGUCCUUAACAAUUGCACUAUGAAGUUUUUGCCAAAAGCAGGUGCACAGUGCAGGGGUUAAGCACUUGCAGGGGCUUACAGAGGUAUUAUUGUUUGUGGAAGGUCUGUACCUUGUGUGAGGAUAUUUUGCACUCCCCUUCCCCCAUAGCUGCUGCUCACACUUGACUUAUACACACCAUUUCUACAUUUCCUACAAAAAUAUUUUAUUUUCAUAAUUUGAAGAAUUUUCUAAAGUCAAGCAAAGGGACGUUUCUAGACCUUGCCCUGUAAUAGGUCCCAAUAUAAGCCCGUACCAAUGGUUAACGUGUGCCUCGGCUGCCGAUUGUUGUAGCCAACUUGUAUCUAAAUUAAUUAAACAGUUUUUUAAGUAUUGAUGGCUUUAAACUUGUGAUUCUGUUCAUUGCCUUUCCUUUAUCAACAUCACUUGAAUAUGCGGUAGUUAUCACAACACUGGUGCAAUGAAAAACCAUGAGAUAUGAGAGCAGCUUGACAAAGAACGUGAAAAUUUCAGUUUGUUUAAUAAGCAUAAAUAAUGGAAAAAAUAGAUUAUAAGAGAAUUUAAUGCAGUGAUCAGCCAGGACAAAAUUCCUCUCUCAGAUCCAGUAGUGUAUAGGUGGUUUCCUGCCAUAGUACAGGAAUAGUUCAUAGUACUAUGGAAUUGUAUAGGAAAUUUACUAUUUCCUGUACAUAGUACAUAUACACUACUGUACAUAUAUGUACUAUGUACGUAUGUGUACAUAUACACUACUCAGAUCCAGUAGUGUAUAUCUAAGACAAACUCCACUCAAGAUUUAAACUUCAAUUGCAUUUAGAAGUUGUGCAUAGUGUGAUGUGAUGCAGCCUAACAAUAUUUAAACCUUUAAAGCACUUUCUUUUUCCACAUGUUUCCUUCAGUUCUUUAUUCUCCCAUAAUUUCCUUGACGACGUGCUUGCCAACUUCGGUGAUUAACUAAAUAUUAUAAAAGAAUUUAAUUGAUGUUAUUUGCAAUAAAUGGUGACAAGUGUAUUUGUACAUCAACUAAAAGAAAUCGUUUAUGAAAUUUUAUAUAUCUAACGGUAUGGUGUAAUUUGUGUAUGCAGUCAAACUGCAAAACCCCCAUAGUGAGGCAAUUUUUAAUAGAAGAACCUUUAUCACUGAUGGUGACUUGUGUUAGUGUAUAAAUAGUAUACAUCAUAAAUCAUGUUAUAUUGUUGCCAAAAUUAUACAUUUUCAUAUGUUAAAUAGUACUAUAGAAGAUAUAUUUUUUUUUCUUUUACUUAUUUAUGCCAUGAUUUAUGAAUAUGCAAAUAAGUGUACUGUACCUAAGAAACACAAUUUCUUCCUUUUUUUAUUAAAGGUUUUAUCUUUAUUUCCUGUGUGUAAAAUUAAAUAAAUAAAAAUUGUUAAUUGUUUUAGGGUACAAAUAUCACUGUUAUUGGUAAAUUUAACAUUGUACGUGAUAGUUAUUACAGUAAUUGCUUCUUGGAAAUAAAAAAAUGGCUUAUAAUAAAUUGCCCUGUUAGUACAUACUGUAACAUGCACAAGGAAAUCACAUGAACCAGCCCGUCCUCCCGUUUUAAUAGUACUUAUAAAACAAUGAGGGCCAUAGUACCUAUACCAUCGUGCAACACAAUUAGAAAGUAAAAAUCUAUGUAAAGUAGUAAAUUAAAGUAAAAAUUCAAUACUAUGUAUUGAAUUUGGACAAACCGGAAAACGACUUUCUACUUGUGUUGCAUAGACAAAUUAACUAACCUAACCUUCCUAAGCCUCAUACAUGUUAUCAGAGGCUUAAUGUAGUACAUGUGUGCUAUAUUAGGCCUAGGAAUAUUUGUUUUUUAGCUUCAUUUUUUUGGGGGGGGGACUACAUAAAGUGAAUAGUACAAAAUUCUUCUAAUUGCUUAGUAUGUGAAUAUUUGUACUAUGGUGCACAUAGUCAUAAAAAGUACUAUCUAAACAGGAGGAUGGGUUGCAUUAACGAGAUGUAUCAAUGAAAAAAUUGGUAGGAGCCGUGAGAAUUUGAACCUAUGCUCUGGGUAACCCUGAUUUCCGGCUUCAUUGGAAGCCUCAGGAACCCUAGAGAAUUCAAUUGAAUCCCAGGUUACAAUGCUUUUGACCAUAUCAUGGUGUAGUUGUCUAAGGCAUUUGUUUCGGAGUACCCGGAGCAUAGGUUCGAAUCCUCCUCAUGACUUCUACCAAUUUUCUCACAGUAAUAUAAUGAACGACGAAGUCACAAAAUUAUUCUUGUCACUAAAUAUAUUUUUAGAUAAAUUUAGCCAAUUUUCUUAAUAGCUUAUUAAAUAUGAAUUUUAUUAGCUUAUUAAAUAUGUAAAUUUUUAAGUUUGGUGUAAGGCAGUCAUCUAUAUCAUGUUCAGACAUUAAUUAUACUUGUACCGACCAACUACUCAUUUGUGAUUUGUCUGAAUGCCGUCCAGCUGGUGGGUCAAUCCAAACUUUACCGAUUAAAUAUACAACUGUUCUGGGCUCCCUACAGAAAAGACGUAGCUGGCCCAGUCGGCUGCCUUGAUGCAAUAUGUGAAGGCCAUUCCAACACCUGACCCUCAUAGGCACAGUGAACUAGAAUUUGUUUUGUAAGGAGGGUACUGUACUAGUAUUUGAGAAUUCUUGCAUAUCCAAUUUAUCACUAAAAAAUACAAAACAUCCUUCCACCAUUUUUGUUAAACAAAAAAAAACUGUCAAUACUAUGUCAAUCUUCUAUUAGUAACUGUGGAGAGAAAAGAUAUACCUGUACGUAGUGAUGAUUUUUUAUCAGAAAGGGAGAGAAUUAAGAAAGCUAAGGUUGCCUUUCUUACUCAUCGUGUGUGAUGCAAGUACAAAUGGAGCAAAAUAAUGGAACCAUAAUGACUUAAUAAAUUGAAAGUAAUAAAGCCAUGUAUAAAAGGAAGGUAGUAAGAAAGGCAAGAGUAAAGUGUAUUAAUGCUGUGUUGUGUUAGUACAGGCAGAGGUCUCUGUCAACAAAAUUCAUCACUCAAUUGAGUGUUGAAUGUAAUGAAAUGCCCUUUUUUGGUAGGGCCAGAAGUGGCUUCCUGAAAUUAAUGCUGGUACUGCCAAGUCUUGGCUCAACACACAAGGUCUCAGUUUUAUGCCAGGAUCCAGGGCCAAGACUCAUUGAGUCCACUUAUGAAUCUAAUAAUAAUAAUAAUAAUUUUUAUUUGCAGGAAGGUACAAUGAGUUGGUGAGAUUACACAAGACUGGUAUUUUUACAUUCGUGCAAAGCCACUAACACGCAUAGCGUUUCGGGCAGAAUCUUGUAUGUUCUUUUUUCGGUCACGGUGCGAAAAGAACUGGAACUUCAAGGCUGUAUUAAACAGUUUAUGGUUUUAAAAUGCUGUGAGUUUGUUUGUGACCCAAAUUGAUUAUUGUUAUAAACAAUAUCAUAGCACUUCAGAGUUCAUAAACUGUUUAAUAAAUAAUGCAAACUAAACCACCAUGAUAUCCCAGGCCCCGAGGCCUCAGGUGACCUGGAAUGCCAUCUGGUGGUGGUCAGGUACAUCAGUUAUGGUAUUUACCCCAUAGCAACUAUCAUUUGCUUUGUUUACCUAGAGGUACCAAAUGUCCUUUAGCAGUUGCUUGUUUUGUGGUUGAUCUCUUGAUUUCCUGCUUUGCAUGCCUUGACGAGUAAACCAGUCUGAUCCUGGCUUCUGGUAGGCUACUACAGGGUCUCAGAGGCCUGGUGUGUUGGGUUAAGUCUUGGUGGUUCCAGAAUGAUGCUCGGAGAACCAGUGGGUUGGGGGAAAGGGGGGGUCUCCCAGUGAAAUGACUAAAAUGUACUUGAAGUGUUUUACAGAUGUUUAAGACCUUAAGUGGAGAAGUUUGAUUUGUCUUGGUGAGUACACUACCAAUUCUAGUUUUUUAUUAAUAUUUGGGGAGGAGUGACUAGUUACAUAACCAUUAUUGGUUAUUUGAGAUGUCUUAGUUCCAACUUGUCUGGGUAUGACAUGGAUGAGUGUAUUUAUAACAUGAAAAUUUUAAUUUAUAUUUAUAUAGUUAUACAUAAAUGCUCUCUGUAAUAUUUAUUAAAUACAUUACUUUAGUUCAGUAUUAAAGAGAGCAUCAUUUCAACUUACCUGAUAAAUUUGUCCCAUUUCUUGGUUCUAGAGUUUUUGGCAAGGUUACUGUACCUUGAAUGGAAAUAUCUGCCUUACAGUGAGAUAAGUACUGUUAGAUAUAUGUUAUCAUUAGUCUGAUAUACAUCCCAAGCUUUGAACAAGAUGUAGUUUGACUCGUCAUUUGCUUGACACUAACGGAUCUUGAUACCAUAUGUAGAGUGAUUCACAAGUUUGCUUAUGUGCUGCCAAAUAGAAUUUGUAAUUUUUGCCUUCCCAUUUUCCAAUUACAUGGGUUGGAGCAACUUUGCAAGUUUGUGAUUCAUGACAAUUACUACAAGACCAUCUAGUGCUAAAUUAAUGUUCUAACUAUUGGCCUAGAACUUGUCUUUCAUAACUGGGACUUGAGUGAUGUAAUGUAAAUGACUUUUUAGGAUUAAGAAACUCUUUUUAAUCUUUAAAGUUUUCUCUUGGUGGCUUCCAUAUAUUGCUGCAUUGUUUGCCAUUUCAUUAUCCUUAUAAAUCCAUUAUGCAUAUACAGUAUUACCAGCAGUUCAAGUAAUUUACAAUAAAAAGUGGCAGUAGUUUAAUAAAUAGAAGAUGCUCAAAGUAAUUCUCACAAAAAGCACUCAAAUUAUGUAUUUAUAUCCUUGUGGGUUUUAUUGCACAAAUAUUUCUGUAAUUUGUUUAGUGUGGCAGUAAGGUUUAACUCAUAUUAUGCCUCUUCCAUCUAUAACACUAUAUUGGCUGUGGCACCUUAUAAAACAACUUAUGUAGCUUAGUCUCUGCACAGGGAUUGCUUAUCCUGUAAUUACUAGUCAUAUUAAAAACUUUAUACAAUGGAAUGUAUAUCGUUUAGCUAAUGCUGAUGUCACAUUGCUCAGCUUAUUUUAUUUUUAAUUUAAAAUAAUCAUUAGCUAUUUGUUUACCAGUCUUAUCACUACUAGUAGUAUAGAUGCUGCCGAUCUUGCUGAUCUGUUUUUAAGAAAUUAAAUGUGAUUAUUUGCAUCAUUAUCUAUAGUGUGUUGAUGCAGUAUAUUACAGUACAGGCAACCUCGAUAUGACGGAAACCUUAAACUUUCAGAACAAUUUGGCCAGAAGAACAAAAUUGGAAAGUUCAAAAUGAGUUGUAUUGGGAAUAAUGUUGUGUACAAGUCAAUAAUCAUUUAGUUUUCCAAAA